CCGGAGCAGCCUCGCCUCGCCUCGCAGAGCCGGCAGGACGCCCCGAGGAGGCUGCACGACCCGUCGGGGCCAGGCGAGCCCCAGGUGCCCACAUAUCUAAAAGCAGUGAAAAACAGCAUCAGUUCCCAGGAUGCACCCGGCCAUCAGCUUUGGUUCUCUUCUGCUUGUCAUCUCUUCUCUACCUAUAGAAUCAGCCGCAGUCUGUCCUGAGCAGGAUCCAGACCUCAAACCGUGGAACCCUGGACACAAUGAAGAUAAUCAUGUUGAAAUCAGUAAUGGCAAGAAGUUCCUUCUCUCUUCUUCUGCAACUGUCCACUCUAUCCACAUCACAAGUGGAGGAAAACUGAUCAUUAAGGACAACGUAGAGCCUAUUGUUUUGCGUACUCGACAUAUACUGAUUGAAAAUGAAGGAGAGAUGCAUAUUGGAAGUGAGAUAUGCCCAUACCAGAGUAAUGUGACCAUCAUCUUAUAUGGGCGAGCGGAUGAUGGCACCCAUCCUGACACUUACUUUGGGCAAAAGUUUAUUGGGGUCAGUGAAGGUGGAACUUUUGAGAUCCAUGGUGAAAAAAAAUUGUCCUGGACUUUCCUAAACAAGACUCUUCACCCUGGUGGCAUGGAAGAAGGUGGAUACUACUUUGAAAGGAGCUGGGGUCAUCGAGGCAUCAUUGUCCACGUUAUUGACCCUAAGACAGGGGAAGUUGUCCAUUCGGAUCGGUUUGAUACCUACAAAGUGAAAGGGGAAAGUGCACGUCUUGUCCAGUAUUUGAGCAAAGUUGCUAAUGGCAUGAUCCUCUCAGUCGCAGUGAAUGAUGAAGGAUCUAGAAACUUAGAUGACUCAGCCAGGAAAGCAAUGACCAAACUGGGCAGCAAGCAUUUCCUCCACCUUGGGUUUAGGCAUCCGUGGAGUUUUAUUACAGUUAAAGGAAACCCUUCUGCUUCUGUUGAAGACCACCUUGAAUAUCCAGGACAGAGAGGGUCAGCUGUGGCCAAAGUAUUCAAACUAUUCCAGGCUGAAAACGGAGAGCAUUUUAAUGUGUCUUCAACCAGCGAGUGGGUUCAAGACUUAGAGUGGACGAAGUGGUUUGAGAAGCCUGAAAAGGCAAGAUCCAAAGACAUGGAGAAACUUUCUGACUUCAAGGCAGUCUAUCCAAAUGAAAUCUGUAGUCACCCCCUUGAUAUCCAGGCAGUUACGCUUGAUGGAGCUAAUUUAACUACUGAGGUUUUCUAUAAAAAUGGCCAUGAUUAUAGGUUUAUAUGCCAUGGGAAGGACCAGACAAAUGAAGGGUGCCAAAACUACAAAGUACGGUUCUUGUGCGGCAAAUCUGUGAGACCAAAGCUUACGGUAACUGUGGACACCAACGUGAACAGCAUAAUCUUGACUCUGGUAGAUGAUGUGCGAUCGUGGAAGCCUGGAGACAGGCUUGUUGUUGCCAGCACAGAUUAUUCCAUGUACCAGGCUGAAGAGUUCCAGGUAUUACCAUGCAGAGCCUGCAAACCUAACCAGGUCAAAGUGGCAGGAAAAGCAACAUACCUUCACAUAGGAGAAGUUGUCGACGGAGUUGACAUGAGAGCAGAAGUGGGACUGCUAAGCCGAAACAUAGUGGUGCUCGGGGAGACGGAGAAGCAAUGUUAUGAAUACAACAACAAGUUAUGCUCCUUCUUUGAUUUUGACACCUUUGGGGGACACAUCAAGAUUGCUCUUGGAUUUAAGGCUGUCCAUAUAGAAGGUUUAGAAUUGAUACAUAUGGGCCAGCAAGCAAUGGGACACUACCCGAUUCACUUCCAUAUGGCUGGAGAUGUGGAUGAAAAAGGAGGCUACCACCCGCCAAGCUAUGUUAAGGAUGUCUCUGUUCACCAUGCCUUCUCACGUUGUAUCACAGUCCAUGGCUCCAAUGGCUUGCUGGUUAAGGAUGUUGUGGGCUAUGACACCCUGGGACACUGUUUCUUUACUGAGGAUGGGCCAGAGGAACGCAACACAUUUGAUCACUGUCUUGGACUGCUUAUUAAGCCUAGCACUCUAUUACCAUCUGACCGAGACAGUAAAAUGUGCAGGAUGAUUACAGAAGGGGCUUAUCCAGGAUAUAUCCCCAAACCUAGGCAGGAUUGCAGUGCUGUUUCCACCUUCUGGAUCGCCAACCCACACAACAACCUCAUCAACUGUGCAGCUGCAGGAUCUGAAGAAACAGGAUUUUGGUUUGUUUUGCACCAUGUGCCCACGGGGCCCUCUGCAGGGAUGUAUUCCCCAGGCUACUCGGAGCACGUUCCAAUGGGGAAAUUCUACAACAAUCGGGCACAUUCGAACCACCGAGCUGGAAUGAUGAUUGAUAAUGGGGUCAAAACCACACCAGCAUCGGCUAAGGACAAAAGGCCUAUCCUGACGAUGAUUUCUGGAAGGUAUAGCCCGCACAAAGACGCUGACCCUUUGAAGCCAAGAGAGCCUGCCAUAAUUAAACACUUUAUUGCCUACAAGAACCAGGAUCACGGGGCCUGGCUGAGGGGUGGAGAUGUGUGGCUGGAUAACUGCCAGUUUGCGGACAAUGGCAUUGGCCUGACCUUGGCUAGCGGUGGAACAUUCCCGCACGACGAUGGCUCAAAGCAAGAAAUAAAGAAUAGUCUCUUUGUCGGUGAAAGUGAAAACCUGGGAACAGAGACCAUGGACAAUGAAAUCUGGGGACCUGGUGGCCUGGAUCACAGAGGGAGGACCCUCCCUAUAGGCCAGGAUUUCCCCAUUCGUGGGAUUCAGUUCUACGACGGGCCAAUCAGCGUUGAGAACUGCACCUUCCGCAAGUUUGCUGCACUGGAGGGCCGUCACACAAGUGCCCUGGCCUUCCGACUCAACAAUGCCUGGCAGAGCUGCCCCAACAACAACGUCACAAACAUUAUCUUUGAAGAUGUCCCGAUUACCUCAAGAGUGUUCUUUGGAGAACCCGGUCCCUGGUUCAAUAAACUGAACAUGGAUGGUGACAAAACAUCAGUUUUUCACGAUGUAGAUGGAUCUGUAUCACAGUACCCUGGUUCAUACCUGAUAAAGGAAGAUAACUGGUUAAUCAAACACCCAGACUGUAUUGAUGUACCAGACUGGAGAGGUUCAAUCUGCAGUGGACACUAUGCCCAGAUAUACAUCCAGGCCUACAAGCCAGCCAACUUGCAAAUGAAAAUCAUAAAGAAUGACUGCCCUGAUCAUCCUCUUUCCUUGGAGGGGGCUUUAAGCAAAAGCACUCAUUACCAGCAGUACCAGCCUGUUAUAACCCUGAGGAAAGGUUACACCGUGCAUUGGGACAAGACAGCCCCUGAGGAAAUGACAUUAUGGCUCAUCAACUUCAACAAGAAUGACUGGAUUCAAGUAGGGUUUUGCUACCCUAAAGGAACAACGUUUUCCAUCCUCUCAGACAUCCACAAUCGUCUCUUGAAACAAACAUACAAAACGGGUACCUUCUAUAGGACCCUGCAGAUGGACAAACUGGAAUACAGAUACCCUACCAAGGGAUACUACUACUGGGACGAGGACACUGGGUUGCUGUUUCUGAAACUGAAAGCGCAGAAUGAGAAGGACAAGUUUGCCUUCUGCUCUGUCAAAGGCUGUGAAAGAAUAAGGAUCAAAGCAGUUAUCCCCAAGAAUGCUGGAAUCAGUGAUUGUACAGCUAUGGCCUAUCCCAAAUACAUUGAGACACCAAUAGUGGAUGUGCCAAUGCCUAAGAAGUUACCCAACACUGGGCUGAUGUAUAAAGACCAUUUCCUAGAGGUGAAAAUAGAAACCUACACAACAAGAUACUUCCACCUGAUGGAUGACUUUGCAUAUAUCGAGGCUGAUGGCAAGAAGAUUUUCCUCACUGAGGAUGGAAUCCAAGUAGUUGUGAUUGAAGGGCAAAAUGGAAAAGUUGUCAACCAAAAAAGCUUCAAGAACGCUAUUCUCCAGGGAAUCCCAGCACAGAUAGACCAUUAUGUCACCAACAUCAAAGACAAUUCUAUAGUGUUGAUGGCCUCAAAGGGAAGAUACCUUUCCAAAGGACCAUGGAUUAAAGUACUGGAAAAGCUUGGAGCUGAGAGAGGUUUUAAGUUAAAAGAUAAAAUGGCGUUCAUUGGAUUCAAAGGCAGCUUUCGGCCAAUCUGGGUGAAACUCGUCACUGAGGAGAAUGCAGCCAAAAUCUUUCAAGCUGUGCCAGUCCCUGUGGUGAAGAAAAUGAAAUUAUGAAGACACCAUGCUUUGCCUUCUGACUCCUAGCACUGCCCCUUUAGAACAGGACUACUGACUCUGCCUCCGACAGACACACUGCCACCACUCUCCAGAGACGAUGUAUUUUUUUUAUUGCUGUACUUCGAGAAAUGUUAUCGUAAGUGGUAGAGUGGUCACAUGUGACAAAGAGCAUUCCUUGUGCUGGGUAUUGUGUGUGAUCAUCGCAUCCUGACCUGUUAAUCUGCUCCUUGAUAGCAGGUUCACCUUUAUUUUUCUAAGCUCGGUAUCUGGGACAAGAUAAGUUCGUCUGUUGUUUUCACAGGUGUUGCAUUUCAGUGGUCUCCUCCACACCCCACACACUCCAGUUGCGUUCUGCCUGGACCUGCUUUGUGGGCCCGUCAGUUGGGGGUUUCUACACCAAACACGGACAGCUGCUUCCCAGCCUUGGACCUUUCACAUGGAACUGAUUGAAUCCACCCUCUGGGCCUGUUUCUUUGUCUUGCUUUUUCUUUUGAGAGCACAAUCAGCUACUUGCAUAAAAGUGGAAAUGCAAAUUCAGAGGCUAGCUGAAAAAAUCUGGGAUGGAAAGUGUCGAUGUUAGAUGUUGGAAGUCAUUAUCCAAAGGUCAGAAAAUAUGACCAAAUGGUAAGAACUGGCCUGAAAGCUUGUACCAGAUUCUGUCAAACUCCUGCACAAUCCCUCUGGAUUGUAAGUGGGGAUUUACCAGGGAGUCAUCCCAUUUCAGCUGAAGAAGAGAGAGGGAAUAGAUUGAAUAUAAGUGAACAAAGUAAGGGUACCUCUUUUCCUUUCAUUUCCAUGGAUCAUUAUUUUUUGUCUUCAAGUAGCUGUUGUCAGGAUUCACUGUUUUUUUUUCCCUAGCUAAGCAGCCACAGACUGGUGGAAAAGACCUGACAACAGGCACGCCACAAUUACUCAGCCUUUCCCUCAAAUGUAAAUCUUCAGGGCCAGCCUCUGGGCUCAGAGUAGCACCACAGCCACAGAGAGGAACCACAUUCACCUCUCUUGCUCAUAGGCUGAUUUUCCCCAACACUGCCAGCCUAUUUCACUUUUACUAGGCAAUGAGAAGUCAAUCUCGCUCCCUGGAAAGUCAGUGAAGAAAAGGAUAGGGCCCAAUAUUUUGUGCCUUGCUUGUCUGUGGUCCCUCCUGGCCUAGGGAAGGAGUAUGUACUGUGCCCUAGAAGGAGCUAGUUCUUUACUAAGGGGAGGGUCAUUGAGAUGUAAGGGUCUUUGAGGACAACAUGGACAGUUGUGUGGGACCGUCUGCACCAGAAACCUUUGCUCCCAAAGUGAUGCAGCCUUUGAAUUUCCUACCAUUUUUCUGCAAAACAGAAUUUUCUAAAUUAAAAAAAAAAGAAUAAAAAAAGGCUAUUAAAGAAAAAUGAGUGCAGCCUAGGGCUGCUCGCCAGAACACCUCAUUAAACUGGGAAGUUUAUCUUAACCAUAUGAAAUGCUGUCAAGUGUUCAAAUAUUCACAUGACACAUUGCUAUCUGCUCUCCAAAGAUGUCAUUCAGGCAUCUUAAGUAGUUUCUGGCUAUUUCAGUAAUGCCAAUAUAAAAAAAAAAGGGGUCUCAAAGCAGCAAGUAAGCAAGCUGCCUUUAACAGUUGUGUUUGUCCCCAUCACCACCGUAAAACCAGUCUUGGUUUCCCAAGCCUUGGUUUACCGUUUUUUUCCCCCCUAAGUAAUACUUUUGUGACUAAAUGUCUCUUUUCCCCACUGUACCUAAAUGCCAGCUCUGACCGGGAAGGAAGCAGCAGUGAUUCCACGCCCCGUUCCAAGCGUGGUCACUGUGCAGAUGCUGAGUCCUGUAAGCCCUGUCUCUGCUCGGAGACGCGGUGGCUCUGGGAGUCAGCUCUGAGUGGAGUUCAGGCCAUCCUCCAGGUAUUUGCCUCUAUGAUCUUUCCUGGGUUUUGAAACUGGAAUUGUUCUUUUCAGCCUCCUAGCUGGUUUUCACAAGCGGAAUAUCUGGUCUGUCUGUUUCAAAAGGAUCCGGUUUCCCCCAUUGUCCUUUCCCCCACUUCUCUAAACGAGUCAUUACUGAAGGAGCCCAACUUCCAGCAUACUUAUUUUUGCUCCUUACCAAAUCAUGUCCCUUGUGCCAUUUCCAUUGAGCACAGAGUGCAUGGGCACAGUUCUCAAGAGAUUUCUCCCAAUGUCUUAUGAUGAUUUGGGGUUUCCCCCAAAUCGCAAACUAUUCCUUAAAGAAGUUAGUCUCACUUACAGUUCAGCCUCGAUUAUUUACACCUCAUAAAUCUAAAAAUGCCCUGUCAGCCAAAGAGGGCCAGGACCCCAAGAUCCAUUAAUCACAUUGAACAAUCUUUUAAUUUUUCAAACUCCUAAUUAUCUGAAUAUAUUCAGUGUACUUCAUGCCAUUCCCAUAAUCGAGGCAGUACUGUUGGUACAACCACACCACCUGCUCUGUAUUAGUAGAACACACGUGCAACAUAAAAGCCGAAUGAAAGCUACAGGAAAUGGGUCAAGGCUAGAACACACUUUUUUGGAAACUUUUAAGUCUCAGGAAAAGAUGCUUCAAAGUUUGGACAUGGCCUUCUAAACAUACCCUACUUUUACCCUCCAUUGAUCUAUCUAAGUAGGUCUUCAUAUUGUGCCUAUUUGAGGAGAGGCAGGCAUAGGACCCAUUCACACCUCGUGGUGUAUGAGCUGGCUGAUUACAACGGUUUGUUCAACUAAUACCAGAAGGCAAGGUGCCCUUGUACUAAGGUGCAGAUGCUCAUUUUCAAACUUCUGGAAUUCUCAGGGUAAAAUCAUAAGACUUGGCUCUAGGAAAUAAGGUCUACUUUUAAGAAGAAACCUAUUAAAAUAAUGGUAAAUGCGUCUGUUUUUCUGUCAUGUAAGGCUUGUCACAUAGACCUGAUUUGGGGGAUGGAUUGCUCCAAACACUGGGCACACGGUGGCUAGACAGAGAAUCUGGAACGGUAGCAGAGCAUAACAGGGCAGGCACUCCCCUGAAGCGCAACCCACUCCCAUUGAGUUCAAUGGGCUGAAAUCAGUGCACAAAUCUGAAGGCAGAACGUGGCCUAAUAUCUUCCCCAAUUCACAACAGUGCGGAGUCACGUGCAUAUGAAAAACGUGUGGGGAUCCUAGCAGUUGCAUGUGUGCAUCUCUGUGACUAGUGAAGUGACUGAGUGCUCGUGGCUUGUACAGUCUUUUAACUGUGCCUUCCCAAAUGGCAAAUAUCCAAUUUGUGAAGUUUUAUUGCUCCAACUGUUCUCACAUUUGCCUCUAUAUGAGAUUGUCAUUGUUUUAGGGCAAUUUUUCCUUUUGCCUAGUGUAUUUGUUUUGUCUCCGUUUGAAUGCUUGUUUUACCUGUCGCCGAAAUAGCUGGUCCUUUUUCGGAGCUAGAUGUAUAGUGUUUUGUACAUUUUCUUACCAACUCCACAAUGAAAAAAUAUAUAUUUUCUAUUUAUUUAUUAUAAAGGCACUAAGAGAACUAAAUUUGCAGACAUAUGAAGAGUUGUAUUUAGAUUUCAGCAUUGUCCAAGCUGUUAGAGAGGUCAGAAAUGUGUCUUUUCAGAUAAUCUGCUUUGCACUUGAAAGUUCCCUAUGUCCAUAGAAUGUGGUGAUGCAUUGACUGUUUUAUGACGACAAAAGCUCCUGGAACAUUAAGUCCAGGGAUUUUUACUUACAACAGAAUUAAUCUGUAGUUGUUUGGAAUACACGACCUGUAUCAGAAUAAAUAUUCAAUGCAACCUUA